CGCAGGGUUUUUUCACACUUUUGUAAACAACAUGGCGAUUGACGGAGUGGCCCAGCUUGCCCACUGAUCAAACACUGUGCUGCUGUCAAAGCCGCACGUUCGCUGCAAAAGCCCAGCACUGCGUGGUCGACCGGGCUGAAAAUCCUGACCCAGCUAGCGGACAAGCCCCCGCCGGAACCAGCAGGAGUUGGACCGACGAGCUGUCAAGAGGACUGCCCAUCGGCCCUCCCAGUCUAUGGGCUCGCAGUCCAGUACUGGGAUGUCUUGUGGAAGGGGCUCUUCCAGUGGCAACCCAGCAGACCAGUCUGAAGCAGCAGAACCGAACCAGAACCAGAACCAGAGCAACAGCAGCAGCAGCAGCAGCGGCAGCAGCAGCCGAGGCCGCAGGACGGCUGACAGGCAGCAGAGCGACAGGCAGUCCGCUUUCGAGGAGGACGUUGAUCUAGCUGAAGUGCUGGCUUACCUACUGAGAAGGGGCCAGGUCAGAGUGGUCCAUGGCCAUGAAGCUACUGGACUGCAGCUGGUCCAGUCAUACUCUGACUCCGAUGAGGACAGCGACGGAGCCUGGGACGGGCGGCUGGGCGACCGCUACAAUCCGCCAGUGGACUCCCAGCCCGACACACAGGAAGUGGACCGCAGUGAGAUCCGAACGCAGAUCCUCCUGGCUACUGCCUCGUCCGCCUUGAAGAGCCGACACGGUUUCACCCACAUGCUCACAGAGAGAGAACAAGGCAGAUGUAGAGGCUCCAGUUUUUCCCAUGGAGAGUGCAGCCGUAUCCGCACACAUUUUCUGCCAAACUACGUGUCCCACAAGGAUACUUACCUGCAGAAAGCUUUUUGUGGAGUAUACAGUGAGGAGGGCAACAUGUUCCUCUCCGCCUGCCAAGACCAGAAUAUCCGCCUGUACGACACCACCAGGGGGCGCUUCCACCUGCAGCGGACAGUGAAGGCGCGUGAUGUGGGCUGGAGCGUGCUGGACGUCUGCUUCACUCCGGAUGCUCGCAAUGUGCUCUACUCCAGCUGGUCUGAUUACAUUCAUUUGUGCAGUAUAGAUGGAGACAGUGAAAACCACACCGCCCUGGACCUCAAUCCAGAUGAGAGGAGGUUCUGCGUGUUCUCGCUGGCUGCGUCAACAGAUGGCAAAGAGAUUCUGGGCGGAGCAAACGACGGCUGCCUUUACGUUUUUGAUCUUGAGCAGAAUAAGCGAACAUUGAAGAUCGAUGCCCACGAGGACGACGUGAACGCGGUGGCGUUCGCCGACAGCUCGUCCCAGCUGCUCUUUUCUGGCAGCGACGACGCUCUGUGCAAGGUGUGGGACAGACGGACGCUGCGAGAGGACAGGCCGCAGCCCGUCGGACAGCUGGCCGGCCACAGAGACGGCAUCACCUUCAUCCACAGCAAGGGCGACGCUCGCUAUCUCAUUAGCAACUCGAAGGACCAGUCCAUCAAGCUGUGGGACGUCCGGAAAUUCUCACCCAAAGAGGGUUUGGCUGCCUCCCGCCUGGCAGUCACCCAACAAAACUGGGACUACCGCUGGCAGCAGGUUCCCCAGAGAGCCCUGAAGAAACACAAACUGACCGGCGACACCUCGGUGAUGACCUACCGCGGCCACGGCGUUCUGCACACGCUCAUCCGCUGCCGCUUCUCGCCGGAGUUCAGCACCGGGCAGAGGUUCAUCUACUCCGGCUGCUCCACGGGAAAAAUCGUCAUCUACGACGUCCUGACUGGCAUGGUGGUGUCCAGGUUGUCGGGUCAUGACGCGUGUGUGAGGGACGUCAGCUGGCACCCCUACGAUGACAAAAUCAUCAGCAGCUCUUGGGACGGAGCGGUGCGCAUGUGGGAGCACAGACAAACCCACCCGCUGGAGGAAGAGCGGGAGAGGGAAGAGAAGAGAUGAAGGACGCGAUGACGAGGCCGCCCCCGAAACGGAGGCUGCUGGGAGUUCGGAAGCUCAGACGAACUGUGACCCUUUUAAUUCAAUGCUGGAUGUUAUCGAUCACGAGGCUGGCACGGCUGUGGGGUAUUGCUUCGGAACGGCUAAAUGGUCGCACCUUAAGAGCGGCUUUGAACACAAAGGGACGUCCUCUUGUUUGUUUUUGGAUCUUUGCCCCCUCUUCCCCCCCCCUUUUUUUUUGGGGUCUUGUGCAGAAUAAACCAGGCGACGCUUUUCGACUUAACCCGACCUCUGAAUGCGCUGCAAAGUGCUGCAGUCGGAGCGAUAUUAAGACGUAAUGAUAAGUUAGUGCUUAAUAAGUUAGACGUGAUGGAUAUUGCAGGGAGAAAAUGACGAUGAUUCUGUAUACAUGUAUAGUAUUUUAAUGAGAUGUGCAUUGCGGGGGAUGUCGGUAUUUGUUUUCAUUUUUGCUGUGAUGAGAUUUAGACGCCCGAAAUCCCAAAUAUUACGCCUGACGAUAGAUUUUUCUCUUCACCAGUCUGCAAUACGACCAGCUGUUCCAAAAUGGCUUUUUAUUUAUAUAUUUUUUUUUAAGAGUGAUUUUUUUUUUUUUGUUUUUUUUGUUAGGCAGUAUCAACCUGUGAUAUGUUUCAAAGAAUUGAACAUGCGUGAUAUUGUGCUGAAAACUGACCUGGGGACGUGCUCAUGGUAAAUAUCUCUCACACUGAUCUGUAUAUGCAAUUUUCAGGUGUUUAUAAAUUUCUCCAAGUCUCAGUUUCAGACAGUUGUUUUACAGUGUCAAUAAAAAGAGAAUUUUCUUUGAUUGUA